AAUAAAUGAAAGUUUUGUAAUCCUCAUGGCCCAAAGUAGAAUUCGUUAUUCAAUUAUAUUAAUACAAAAGCAGAUUAAUAAUUGGAUAUACCUAGAAAUGCCUCCUAAAAUGAUAUUAUAAAAGCAUAUUAUGGAUUUGCAAGAAAUUUUAUCCUGAU